AUGAACAAUUACUUCAUUCACGGCAAGAUCGAUUUUUGGCGUAUCAAGAAAUUGCUUGGUAAGAAAAACUCAAAUUAUUUCACAAUCUGUCAAUAUCUUUUUUCAGGCCGCCUUAGCAAUGUCUCAAAGAAAGAGCUCACUGCCUUUUUUGCGGGAGUCAAGAGACUCGAAGAUGAAGACAUUAUUUAUAAUGUCUACCUAAAUAUUCAAAAAAAGAAUAUCGUUGGUAAGUGUUCCUGAACAUUUUAUUUUUCAGAAAACGUAUUCAACUUGUUUUCAGAACGCAUGUCAGAUGGGCAAAAGAGAUUUUUCAUGAAACUUUUCGACAAUGGAGGAAAUUUGAAAACUUGUGCCUCGAGGAACCAGGCAAACGGGAUCUGUGAGUGCAGUGGAGGCACCCGCGAUAAAUACCGCAGUGAUUUGGUGAGCGCCGUCCUGGAAGAGCAAAUUAGACAGCAGCUAGGAGUCGAACAGCCGAUCGCCGUCGUUCCGGCAGUUCCCGUGGCUCAGCCGAUUGCCCUUCAGCCGGCCCCCGUCGUUCUCGUGGAUCCAGCCCGUCUGCCUAACGACAUCUUGCCCAUUGCUCAGGAUCCGGCCUUGCAGAUGAUGAUCCGUCAGAUGAUGGGAGAAAUUCUGCCGAUCAACGGACAAAUCGCGAACGAUGAGUGA